AUGCCUCGCAGUGGUCUUGCUGCUGGCUCAGCAAGUCCCCGCUCUCCGGUGGCUGAGGCAACUGGCACAAUGUCCCGUCUCUACCAACGCUCGUACCCGGUCGUCGACACUGUCGCGCUAGCCUGCAUUGUAGGCGCCUGGAUACUGGGACGCACGGCACUGACUAUUUCUCCCCUGCAGAUUCAAAUAUUCGCGACCCCAUUUCAUCGCAUGUUCUCCCUAGAUAACAAGUCUAUCCAGUUUCCCUACGCCAUUGUGGAGAGAGUCCCCCCUAUAGUGUGGUCCAUCAUCUAUGCCGGAGUGAUCCCGUUCCUCAUUCUGCUUGCCUGGGCUGCCGUGUUUCGCCCAUACCCCCACAAGGUCCAAGUCACCUUACUUGGCUUCCUCAUCGCGCUGAUGUUAACGAGCCUCAUCACGGAUAUCAUAAAGAACGCCGUCGGACGACCUCGGCCCGAUCUGAUCUCGCGUUGUAUCCCAAGGAAGGGCACGCCUGAGGACUCUUUGGUCUCAUGGACCGUGUGUACUCAACCUAACGAGCACAUUCUCCAAGAAGGAUGGAGGAGUUUCCCCAGUGGCCACAGUAGCUUUUCAUUUAGCGGGCUGGGCUAUCUGUCAUUUUUUCUUUCCGGUCAGAUGCAUGUUUUUAGACCACGGACCGAUCUCUGUCGCUGUCUCGUGGCUUUUGUGCCGUUUCUCUGCGCUCUAUUGAUCGCCAUCUCUCGUCUUGAUGAUUACCGCCACGAUGUAUACGAUGUCACCUGCGGUUCACUUCUCGGAUUGCUGGUUGCAUAUUUCUCCUACCGACGCUAUUACCCAGCUCUUCGGUCCGUGAGCUGCGAGAGCCCUUAUGGAAGAGACGAGAUUAUCGGACCGGAUGGCUUCUCUAAGCUUCCUGGUGACGAGGAGCAGCAGUUACCAGGCCAUGGAUCUGCCACCCGUCCGUGGGAUGCCCGGGAGUCCUACCAACUUGCGGAAGCCGCAACUUAAAAACGGUAGAUUUGAACUCAUUUCCCGUCAUUGUGUGUUUUGUUCUAUGAUACCCUAGAGUCUCAAAUGUCGAUGUACUAUUCUUUCCGAAUUGGCUUUCGCUUGUUGUUUUCUAGAAUACAUCCUUCUCGUCCGCUUGAUGCCGGCAGCUUUGGGAUAUUCAUUAUAUGUCAUUAUUUUUACAACUUGGAAAUGUCUCUAUGCUGUACAUUGGUCCAUUCCUUGACCUCGUGGAAGUCCAUCACCCUGUUGGGUCCUCCAAAUCGGCCCAGGGUGUCGUUCCAGUUUCUGUCCGAAGCAACCUCCGGGCUCCAUUUGAUGAGCUCAUGGAUCUUCUGAGGGACCUUGCCCUCCAAGGCAUCGACGAUCAGACCUCCGAUCGAUGGUAGGUACUUGUAGCCUGUUCGACGAUCA